AUGGCGCCCAAGCAAGCGACUCUGGGAAAGUUUUUCGGAAAGCACACCGGCUCCAGGCCCGCCCCUACUCAGCAGACAAAAUUGUCUUUUGCGUCGAAGCAGGUCAGCACGUCGAAGGAGGAUGAGUAUGAGGAGCAUGGAGAUGAUGUCAAGGCGGAGCCAUCAAGCCAGGAAAGCACGGAGGUCAAGAAGCGCGGACGGGCUCCGAAGGCCUCCAAGACAUCAGCAAAGCCGCCUGAUGGUAAAGCAAAGCUAAAGGAAGAGACGGACGACCUGGACGAGGACGAGGACGAUGCUGCGCCAGUUAGGAAGCGUCCACGAAAGAGCCGAAAUCUGCUUGACGAAGAGGAUGAGGACGAGGCUAUGGAUGAGGCGCCAGCUCCGAAGUCCAAGCCGAAGAAAGCGGCGAAGCCAGCCAAGGCCGCGUCGCCGAAGCCAGCUGCCACGGAGUCGGAAUCGGAAUCAGAGAGAGAGGCGGAGGAGAGUGAGGAGGAGAAGCCCGAGGUCGCCGCAAAGGUUCGCAAGACCGUCCAAACGAAAUUGACCAGCAAUGUCAAGGACCCGUAUCCUGACUGGAAGCCUGGCGAGCCUGUGCCGUAUGCCGCGCUCUGCAAGACAUUCUCCUUGAUCGAGCUCACGACCAAGAGGCUCGAGAUCCAAGCACACUGCUCGUUGUUUCUGCGGCAGGUCUUGAGGCUCACACCUGAUGAUAUGGUACCGACGAUCUUGUUGAUGAUCAACAAGCUCGCGCCCGAUUAUGCGGGCAUUGAAUUGGGCAUUGGAGAGUCUUCGAUCAUGAAAGCAAUCGGAGAAACGACAGGUCGAACAUUGGCGGUCAUCAAAAACGAUCAGAAGGAGAUCGGAGAUCUUGGCUUGGUAGCUGUCAAGUCUCGCUCCACCCAGCCGACCAUGUUCAAGCCUAAAGCUCUGACUGUACGAGGUGUUCAUACGGGCUUGAUGGGCAUUGCUACUGUGACCGGUUCUGGUGCCCAGGGCAGGAAAGUUGAUGGCAUCAAAAAACUUCUGUCUGCGGCGGAUGCACACGGCACGGGCAAGGUAGACAUCACCAAAGACAAGGGCGGCCCAAGUGAGACCAAGUACCUUGUCCGCUUCCUAGAGGGAAAGCUGCGACUUGGGCUGGCGCAGCAGACUGUGUUAACAUCUCUUGCCCAUGCCAUGAUCUGUCAUGAGGCUGGAUUGAAGAACGAGGUUCCAAGCACUACCGAGAUGGAGCAGGCCGAAACCACGUUGAAGACUGUCUACAGUGAGCUGCCAAGCUACGAUGUCAUCAUACCCGCAAUGUUGGAGCAUGGCAUAUUAAAGCUGCGGGAGAACUGUAAACUAUGCCCCGGCGUGCCACUGAAGCCCAUGUUGGCGAAACCGACCAAGGCAAUCACAGAAGUACUGGACCGGUUCGAGGGCCGAAAAUUUACCUGCGAGUACAAGUACGACGGUGAACGAGCGCAAAUCCAUUACGUCGCCAAGGAUGCAGACCAGCACCUCAGCGAGGCCACAGCGGGGGCAACGAAGGCGGUUGGUGAUGGCGUUGCGUCCAUCUUCUCGAGAAAUUCGGAGGACCUGUCCAAGAAAUACCCUGACAUUCUAGCGAAGCUGCAUACUUGGGUCAAAGAGGACACCAAGAGCUUCGUUCUCGAUUGCGAGACUGUGGCCUGGGACACCCUUGAAAAGAAGGUUCUGCCAUUCCAGAACCUGAUGACAAGGAAAAAGAAGGAUGUCAAGAUUGAGGACGUCAAGGUCAAGGUGUGCGUCUUUGCCUUUGACUUGCUGUACCUGAAUGGCAAGGCCAUCGUGGAGAAGUCUCUGGCAGAACGACGUGAGUUGCUCCACGAAGCCUUCGUUCCUGUUGAGGGAGAGUUUGCGUUUGCGACGCACACGAACGGUCAAGAGCUGGAUGAUAUCCAAACUUUCCUGGAUGAGAGUGUCAAGGCCUCUUGCGAAGGUCUGAUGGUGAAGAUGCUGGAGGGCAGUGAGAGCGCGUAUGAGCCCAGCAGACGGAGUCAAAAUUGGCUCAAGAUCAAGAAAGACUAUCUCUCCGGUGUGGGCGACUCCCUCGAUCUGGUCGUACUGGGUGCCUACUAUGGCAAGGGCAAGCGGACAUCCGUCUACGGCGCUUUCCUGCUGGCCUGCUACAAUCCGUCGUCUGACACUUACGAGACGGUUUGCAACAUCGGUACUGGGUUUUCUGAGGCCGUGCUCGAAGAGCUGCACAAGUCGCUUAAUGCGAUCGUUAUCGAUCGGCCGAAGCCGUUUUAUGCGCACUCCUCUGGAAACCAACACCAGCCGGAUGUCUGGUUCGAGCCUCGCUACGUCUGGGAGGUACGCACCGCGGACCUGACGCUCAGCCCGCGGUACAAGGCAGGAAUGAAGGAGGGUGUCGACCCGGCGGGCGAGAAGGGCAUCAGCCUGCGGUUCCCGCGCUUCAUCAAGGUGCGCGAUGAUAAGAAGCCGGACGAGGCGACGAGCAGCCGGCAGGUGGCGGAGAUGUACCGCAAGCAGGAGAGCGUGUCCAAGAGUAAGGGCCCAGCGGUGGAUGAUGAUUACGAGUACUAG